UUUUUUUUUUCAAUAUUUUCAAGGGGGAGGAGAUUUUCCACAAGAAAAGGUUGUUUUCAUGUUUGGGAUUCAGGAAAGCAUCCAACGGAGUGGAAGCAGCAUGAAGGAAGAGCCGCUGGGCAGCGGCAUGAACGCGGUGCGGACGUGGAUGCAGGGCGCCGGGGUGCUGGACGCCAACACGGCGGCGCAGAGCGGGGUGGGUCUGGCCCGGGCUCACUUUGAGAAGCAGCCGCCUUCCAAUCUGCGGAAAUCCAACUUCUUCCACUUCGUCCUGGCCCUCUACGACAGACAGGGCCAGCCCGUGGAGAUCGAGAGGACAGCCUUUGUGGGGUUCGUGGAGAAGGAAAAAGAAGCCAACAGCGAAAAGACCAAUAACGGGAUUCACUACCGGCUCCAGCUCCUCUACAGCAAUGGGAUAAGGACUGAGCAAGAUUUCUACGUGCGCCUCAUUGACUCCAUGACCAAACAAGCCAUAGUGUAUGAAGGCCAAGACAAGAACCCAGAAAUGUGCCGAGUCUUGCUCACACACGAGAUCAUGUGCAGCCGCUGUUGUGACAAGAAGAGCUGUGGCAACCGAAAUGAGACUCCCUCAGAUCCAGUGAUAAUUGACAGGUUCUUCUUGAAAUUUUUCCUCAAAUGUAACCAAAAUUGCCUAAAGAAUGCAGGAAACCCACGUGACAUGCGGAGAUUCCAGGUCGUGGUGUCUACGACAGUCAAUGUGGAUGGCCAUGUCCUGGCAGUCUCUGAUAAUAUGUUUGUCCAUAAUAACUCUAAGCAUGGGCGGAGGGCUCGGAGGCUUGACCCCUCGGAAGGUACGCCCUCUUAUCUGGAACAUGCAGCUACUCCCUGUAUCAAAGCCAUCAGCCCGAGUGAAGGAUGGACGACGGGAGGCGCGACUGUGAUCAUCAUAGGGGACAAUUUCUUUGAUGGGUUACAGGUCAUAUUCGGUACCAUGCUGGUCUGGAGUGAGCUGAUUACGCCUCAUGCCAUCCGCGUGCAGACUCCUCCCCGGCACAUCCCUGGUGUUGUAGAAGUCACAUUGUCCUACAAGUCGAAACAGUUCUGCAAAGGGACACCGGGAAGAUUCAUUUACACAGCGCUCAACGAACCCACCAUCGAUUAUGGUUUCCAGAGGUUACAGAAGGUCAUUCCUCGGCACCCUGGUGACCCUGAGCGUUUACCAAAGGAAGUCAUCCUCAAGCGGGCCGCGGAUCUGGUGGAGGCGCUCUACGGAAUGCCACACAAUAACCAGGAGAUUAUUCUGAAGAGAGCGGCUGACAUCGCGGAGGCCCUGUACAGUGUCCCCCGCAACCACAGCCAGCUCCCGGCCCUCACCAACACCUCGGUCCAUGCAGGGAUGAUGGGCGUCAACUCCUUCAGUGGACAGCUGGCUGUGAACGUCUCCGAGGCAUCACAGGCCACCAACCAGGGUUUCACCCGCAACUCAAGCAGUGUGUCCCCACAUGGGUACGUGCCGAGCACCACCCCGCAGCAGACCAACUAUAACUCCGUCAGCACGAGCAUGAACGGAUACGGCACAGCCGCCAUGUCCAAUCUGGGCGGCUCCCCAACUUUCCUCAACGGCUCAGCUGCCAACUCACCCUAUGCCAUCGUGCCAUCCAGCCCCACCAUGGCCUCCUCCACAAGCCUCCCCUCCAACUGCAGCAGCUCCUCGGGCAUCUUCUCCUUCUCACCAGCCAACAUGGUCUCCGCGGUGAAACAGAAGAGUGCUUUUGCGCCAGUCGUCAGACCCCAGACCUCCCCGCCUCCCACCUGCACCAGCACCAAUGGGAACAGCCUGCAAGCGAUAUCUGGCAUGAUUGUUCCUCCCAUGUGAAAGCAUUGCCUUGAAGAAUUUUAUUAAUGAAGAGGUUGGAUUCUGCUACAGAGAGUAAUCUGAUACAAGUCCCCGAGUGGAACUUUUAACUCAGGCCUUUUUAAGAGGAAUCACAGUAACUGCAGAUUUUUAAACAAACAAUAUCACCGACCUUGCAAAUACAGAAGUUGGAAGGAAUCUGCAAGUGCAGAGUGUUGGUUAAAAAUUGUACCUCCCAAGUAUUGGGGGGGAUAUAUUUAUUCUGUGUUGUUGAUAAAAGCAAAUCCACUUUUUCUUUCUCUUUCUUUUUUUUUUUUUUAAAGCUUAACUCUGCAAUCAUUUGUCUUUUAUAAACCGUAAAGCUGUAUACAAGGGACACUAUAAAUAAGACUCCAUGUUUUAAUUUAUGAUGUUUUUAAAGCUGUGUAAAGGGAGAAUGAAGUGGUGAUAUUUACAAAAAAGUCAAAAAAGAAAAAAAAGGAAAAAAAGAAAAAAAGAAAAAAAAAAAAAAAAGCUUGUAUGGGACAGAAUAGGAAUGCCAGUUAGAUUUUUUAGAAAACUAAGGGUCGGCUUUUGCGCCUUAAAGCAUAUCAAAUGGUAGUUAGCUCAGACAGUGCAUUUUCAAUAUCUAACUUAACAUGCCAUCCCUUAGCAGUGCAAGCUUAUUUAUCUCUUUUGUAUUGUUGUCUUAAGUAACUGUGUAAAUAAAUGCAGCCUGGAAAGUUAAAAAGUGAUGUAAGUGAUCACAUUUUCCCCUUCUACUCCAAAAUCCAGUGCCUCUAGACAGAUUGUUAAAACUGCAUAUUUAAACCCGAUAUCAUUCUCUCUUUCACUUGUGUCAACUUCUUCUGAAGCCAAUGGCCUCUCGAGAGCUUGAUGGCACACCUACUGUGUGCGAAUCUCCUAGGAGACUUCAUGGAACAGGGUCCAGGCACAGAGUUCCACAUUCUGCCCUCCAGUUACCAAGCCAAAAUCCCACUUUCACGCCGCCAUUUGCAAGUUGUAGAGUGUACUCAUCCUAAAUGCUGACUUCCUACCCAUCCUCCCAAAGCGGACAAAAGCAACAUGGCGGGAGGCUCAGAUUUCCCAUUUGAGAUAACGCGCCUCUAUCGGUGACCCUUACCGUUUGUAACAGAAUAGAUGAGAGCGACAGGUUAAGUGCUUUGGAAUUAAGAGUAAAAGGAAAACUGGGAGAAAGGAGAAGAAGGUUGAGAGCUCCCACAUGUAGUUUUCUGUUCUAUGGAAUUUUUUGCUCUCACCAUCUGGGAAGUGUUCUUAAAAGUAAGAAUAAAUAGCAAAGAAGCAGCAAAGCUCUGAGGAUGCAUUUGCCUGAUAUUUUUUCCUUUGCUGUUGUGUUUUUGUAUGUAGUUAUAAAUACUGUAGAUUUUUUGUGAUUUUUGCCAAAGUCGUUGUUCUAUUUAUACAUUUUAAUGUCUUAAGACAGUUUUUCAAUAUCACAAAAAGAUUUUACUGCAUAUUUUGCAAAGAAAAAAAAAGCUCACUACCUGUAGCUUGCACAUACUUGCAAAGUUAAUUAAAAGGCUUUUUGUUUUAAAGGGGAUUUUUGUAAAAUAUCCAUAUAAAUAAUGUAUUUAUCUUUGGAAUUUGUACAUUGCUUUCCCCUUCUUCCUUUUCCUCCCACUCCCAGUUUAUUUUAUUGUGUAUGUUUGCUAUGUGAAAAGUGCGUAUUUGUUUGGUCACCUACAGUUGUAUUAGCUGUUUCAAUGUGAUUUUUAAACAUUUCAUUUAUAGUUAUUUUUAGUUUUGUUUUAAACCAUGCUUCAAUUUUUUUUUUAU